AUGGCAACCCGUGGUUAUGAAGAACAACCGCAGUACGGCGGGGGUCGUGUGCGCCGUCAUUCUUCUGUCCUCGAUGAAAAGGCCCUUCCUGCACCGCUCACUCCCCGUCGAAGACACGCCAGAAGCCAGAGCACUCGGGUAAGCAACGGCACCGUCAGCACAAAUAUGAGCAUGGCCUCGAGUCGAAUGUCCCAGGCAACCAACAUCACCCAACCCCCUUCAUACUCGAAAAAGUUUGUUGUUGUUGGGGAUGGUGGGUGCGGGAAGACUUGUUUGUUGAUCAGUUAUUCUCAGGGUUAUUUCCCGGAGAAAUAUGUGCCUACUGUUUUCGAAAAUUAUAUCACUCAGACGAUGCACGUACCAACUGGAAGGACAGUUGAGCUUGCUCUUUGGGAUACAGCUGGUCAAGAGGAAUACGACAGACUUCGUCCGCUCUCGUAUCCAGAGACCGAUCUUCUCUUCGUAUGCUUUGCAAUUGAUUGCCCUGUAUCACUUGAGAACGUGAUGGAUAAGUGGUAUCCCGAAGUCCUCCAUUUCUGUCCCACAACGCCUCUAAUCCUUGUCGGCCUCAAAUCUGACCUGCGCAACAAACGCACAUGUAUCGACCUUCUUAAAACCCAGGGGUUAACCCCUGUUACUCCCGAACAAGGCCAGGCAGUGGCUCAACGAAUGGGUGCCACAUAUGUCGAGUGCAGCAGCAAAGAGAUGCGCGGAGUUGACGAGGUCUUCGAACUUGCAGUGAACACCGCUGUUGGGAUUGAAGAACAGGGCUGGGGUGGCCGCGACUCAGAGAAUGGGAUCGGAGGUCGCAAGAGAGCUAAAAAACGGACGUGCAAGCUACUGUAG